AUGUCCGACUCUGUCGGGUCACUUUCAAACCGCUACACUGGUAUUAUCCAUGUCGAUUCUUUGAUCCAAGUCCUCCUCGAGUUCUUCUCUCAAGGGUUGAGGAGUGACCCCAACCUGAACGGAAUCGACAUGGAGGCCUUGCUUGCCUUUGGGUAUCUGGCCGCACAGUUUGGCGCUGCAUGGUACCUUAUGGCGCUUGAAGGUUUGAGGGUCGGAAAUCGAGGCACUAUAUUAAGUUGGACUGGAACUUUUGGCAUCAUUUUCCAAGGUGUCACUAUCACCAUCAUCGCCCCAAUCUACCUGAUGCUUCAACUGCUGCUUUCGUCUCCGACGUUGGAGCCAACUUCGAUCCUCGCGGACCCAUUUGAUCUGGCUCUUCUACCUGUGUCUACGGUCAUAUCCUACGUUUUGCCAACGAUGGGGCUCUGUCUACCACUCCUGAAGGCCCUGUCUCGGAAAGCAAGGCUCAUUGCCGUUGCUCUCUGGCAACCCUUUCCCUUAUACCAAACGACAAUACAAACUGUUUCACGCCUCUUUUGCAGAAGCAGACGCGGGAGAUCCAAUAAAACUGCCCGCAUCAGCCCCAAAGAGUGCAGGAAGGCUCUGGACCGGGCAUACACCUUUAUUGCCUCGCUUACCAUGGGCGUGCAUUUGAUGGUGGUGGGAAUAAUCUUCACAUCACACACCUCAGAUCUUAUCCCAGAAGUAUCAGGAUACCACAUCUUGGCUCUCACCUCGCUCACGAAUCCCCCUACUCUAGCGCUUCUAGAUCCGCCUUUGUCAGUGACAAGUUCAAGGGAGAUUGUCGUGUCGUUCCUAAGGUGGGAUGUCUACUGUACCUGUGCUUCAAUGGUUAUCUGGGCCAGCUACCAGCUAAGCAUUGUGAGUGGAUCUUCAAGUGUUAUGGCUCGAGGCCUCAAGGCAGCGCUUUGGGGAUUGAUCGGUGGCCCGAUCUUCCCAGCCCUGAUGAUUCUUUGGGAGAGAGAUGAUAUUAUCCUGGGCAGGCUGGAGGAGAGUAGUUGGUAUCGGAAGGAGGAGUGA